AUGAGAGGAACAAAUGCUGUUUUCCUCGUUUUAUUGUUUGGUCAUCUCUCCGCUUUACCAGAUACGAUACGAAUAGGGGGUCUUUUCCACCCCGAAGAUGAUAAACAAGAGGUUGCAUUCCGUUACGCUGUGGAGAGGGUUAACGCAGACCGCGCAAUACUGCCCCGAGCCAAGUUACUGGCGCAAGUUGAAACUAUAUCGCCACAAGACAGCUUCCAUGCAUCGAAACGAGUAUGCCAUCUACUUCGAAGCGGCGUGGCAGCCAUCUUUGGCCCACAAUCGGCUCCUGCAGCGGCUCACGUGCAAUCAAUUUGCGAUACAAUGGAACUGCCACACUUAGAAACCAGGUGGGAUUAUCGUACACGACGAGAAUCCUGUCUCGUCAACCUCUAUCCCCAUCCGGCGGCACUUAGUCGGGCCUACGUAGACCUGGUGCGGGCUUGGGGGUGGAAAUCGUUUACAAUCGUAUACGAGAACAGCGAUGGGUUGGUCCGCUUGCAGGAAUUAUUGAAAGCGCACGGUCCCUCCGAACUGCCCGUAGCUGUCAGACAACUGCCCGAUUCACAUGAUUACAGGCCACUUUUAAAACAGAUAAAGAACUCAGCAGAGUCUCACAUAGUGCUCGACUGCGCCACAGAGAGGAUUAGGGACGUUUUACAGCAAGCGCAACAAAUCGGUAUGAUGUCGGAUUACCACAGCUACCUCGUGACAUCUUUGGACCUUCAUAGCGUCGACUUGGAAGAAUUUAAAUACGGUGGAACAAAUAUAACGGCUUUGAGACUUCUUGAUCCUGAACGAGCUGAAGUUCAGAGAGUCGUUCGAGACUGGGUGUACGAUGAAGCGAGAAAGGGACGGAAGCUGCAACUAGGACACACUUCGGUAAAGGAGAAUAUGACUUUCAUAAAGACAGAAACCGCGUUGAUGUAUGACGCGGUACACUUAUUUGCGAAAGCGUUACACGACCUUGACACUUCGCAACAAAUCGAUGUAAGACCGCUGUCAUGCGAAGCCGAAGACACAUGGCCCCACGGGUACAGCCUCAUUAACUACAUGAAAAUUGUCGAAAUGAAGGGCUUAACGGGAGUUAUAAAGUUUGAUCACCAAGGAUUCAGGAGUGACUUUACCCUCGAUAUCAUCGAACUUACGAGAGAGGGUCUCCAGAAAGCGGGAACUUGGAAUUCCUCAGAGGGUGUUAAUUAUACAAGAUCGUAUGGAGAUAACCAAAAACAAAUAGUUGAAAUACUUCAGAAUAAAACGCUCAUCGUUACUACAAUUUUGAGCGCGCCAUACUGCAUGCGUAAGGAGGCUAGCGAGAAAUUAACAGGAAACGCACAAUUCGAAGGCUAUGCCAUUGAUCUCAUACAUGAAAUAUCAAAAAUUCUCGGCUUCAAUUAUACGUUCAAACUUGCGCCUGACGGUCGAUACGGGUCCUAUAACCGAGAGACGAAAGAGUGGGAUGGCAUGAUACGGGAACUGUUGGAGCAAAGAGCGGAUGUGGCGAUUGCGGACCUUACUAUCACUUAUGACAGGGAGCAGGUCGUGGACUUCACAAUGCCUUUCAUGAAUCUUGGGAUUUCGGUACUUUACCGUAAACCUAUUAAGCAGCCGCCGAACCUGUUCUCCUUUUUGUCCCCCCUGUCUCUAGAUGUAUGGAUUUAUAUGGCGACCGCAUACUUGGGCGUAUCGGUACUGCUCUUUAUAUUGGCCAGGUUCAGCCCGUACGAGUGGGACAACCCCCGGAACUGUCUAGACGAGCCGCCGGUGCUGGAGAAUCAGUUCACACUGUUGAACUCGCUGUGGUUCACUAUCGGAUCCUUGAUGCAGCAAGGUUCGGAUAUCGCACCGAAAGCGGUGUCAACUCGGAUGGUGGCAGGAAUGUGGUGGUUUUUCACAUUGAUCAUGAUAUCCUCGUACACUGCUAACUUAGCAGCAUUCCUGACUGUGGAACGAAUGGACUCGCCAAUUGAAAGUGCUGAAGAUUUGGCCAAACAGACUAAAAUUAAAUAUGGCGCUUUAAAGGGUGGAUCAACAGCGGCUUUCUUUAGGGAUUCUAAUUUCUCGACCUAUCAACGUAUGUGGUCCUUCAUGGAAUCAGCCCGGCCUUCUGUAUUCACAAGUAGCAACAAGGAGGGGGAAGAGAGGGUAAUGAGGGGCAAAGGAGCUUACGCGUACCUCAUGGAGUCCACAACAAUUGAAUACGUUGUUGAACGGAACUGCGACCUCACGCAAGUGGGAGGAAUGUUGGAUUCUAAGGGAUAUGGAAUUGCCAUGCCGCCAAACUCACCAUACCGUACUGCCAUAAGCGGAGCUGUUUUGAAACUGCAAGAGGAAGGAAAAUUACACAUAUUAAAAACGAAAUGGUGGAAAGAAAAACGUGGCGGCGGAUCCUGCAGAGAUGAAACAUCGAAAUCUUCAUCAACCGCGAAUGAAUUGGGUUUGGCGAACGUGGGGGGCGUUUUUGUAGUACUGAUGGGUGGCAUGGGCGUCGCCUGCGUCAUCGCCGUCUGCGAGUUCGUGUGGAAGUCGAGGAAAGUCGCGGUUGAUGAACGGAAGGAAGAGGCCUCGCUUUGUUCGGAAAUGGCAUCCGAGUUGCGUUCAGCGUUGAAGUGUCCGAGUGGAGGGAGCGGGGGUGCGGGUGGGCCGCGCGAGGGGGCGGACUCCCCGUACUUGCACUAUGGGUUCAGUACAAAGAGUCAGCUGCACUAGCGCCCGGACACCGCCUCCUCGCCUCCGAGCGAUGUGUAGGCAAAGACUCUACUAGAUCUGAGUGUCUAACUCAUUCAUGUUCCCUUCCCGUCUAUAAGGGUUUCUAUGCCCCGUGUCUUUGUUAUACUUUUGUGAAAAUAUCUGUUAAUGAUGACCAAUGACACGUCGAUUUGACAAUGUUUUGAACAACAUUGAACUUCACGGUAAAUUUCGCUGUUUUAACGUGUAAUUAAUUUUGUAACAAAGCACUUUAAGGGGCGGUUUCACUGAAAUACUCGACAGUUUAUUUGUA